AUGUCGACGCCACGUCCAACUUGCCGCCACUCAAGUGUCCAUCGUGACCAACUGGUCGUCGAAGGAGACAGCAUUGCUCUCGCAGCUUCUCGCGUCCAAUUUGGCAUGAUGGCCACGUUGUGGCGUUGUUCCGGAACCAGCCAACCCGGCCCUCGCAGUGGAUGCGCACAUAUCCGCGCGCUGCCCAGGGAGACCAACACCGCGAGCGACUCAACUGGAAGUUCCGGUCUUUCGUCUUCGGGGAGGGACGUGAGCAGGCGUCGCGACGUGAGAUCUGCGUUGGCAACGCCCGCCUUAUUGCGCAAUCCCGAGCGCCCGGGUCGGUCGUCCCCUUUCGGUCGAAUCGAUCUGCGUGCGCAGUACGGCGGGAGUGAUAAAGGGAGAAAAGUUGCGAUUGAGCUCUGUAUCAUUGCGAUUGCUGAGCGAGAAUACUUCGUGCUCGUGUGUGCAUACGUGCGUUCGUGGGUGCGGUGCGUUUUCCCGGCAGUGCCAAAGAAUAUUUCCUCGCUGUUCGGAACAGCCGCAGCCUGGCGCCAGAGCGUGGUCGCGGAUGCCCCCGACCCGAGUUCGAAUUCCUCCCCGCGCUAUCUCCCCGGCCAUUCAUUUGCGCGUGCCGUCGCUAGUUGCGUAGCGCCUCGCACCCGCAACGCGAAGGAUUUAAACGCGAGCUCUUUUUACUUCAUUCGCACUUAUUUCUUAUUUUUAUUGCUCUUGCAUCCACGUGCCGCGUCUUCAUUCCUCCGCGAGUGUUUAUACUUGCUGCCUCUCCGCCGGCUCAUUGCGCGUGGUGGGCGCCGCAUCUUUACCGUCGUGGGUGACGUACACCAGAUGAUUAUUUUCCCUUUCAAGAUUCAAGGUGAAGUGAGUGCGUUGCGGAUCCAGCUAAUGCGCCGUCUAGUCAAUGAGUUACGUCCUGUUGCACGCAAGACACUUGGUCCAAAGAUAGACAUAGGAACACCCGCAGCUCGCGUUCCGACCAGCGGGAAGUUGUCUGAGAAGGAGUGCACGUAUCGCAAUGCGACUGAACCGCGUGAAAUGCACUUGACCCUGUCUCGAGGUCCGCUGUAUGCCUCCUUCAAUUCCCCUGGCAGUUUAUAA